GGACUCGGCGGCGGCGAGUAGUUAGUUAGUUGUUAGUGUCAGUGGCGCGGCGGCGGUCACCAGGAAGGGGACGGGACGGGCGGCGGCGGCGUGUGCGCCCCUCAGGUAUCCACCUAAGCUGGAACUACGCUGUAGACAUAUUUCUGUGGUUCGUGCAGAAAUCCAAGCUGGUUGGCCUUUGUAUCUUCAGAUUGCUGUGCCUAUCUAAAGUUGAUCCUGACUUCUAUAAAUCUGACUCACAUGAAGAAUAUCUUUCGGCUGUCAAAGAAUUAUUUCAGAUCUUCUUGGAAGAUUAAAAGCGUUUUUAAAUUUCAGGCCCAGCAGUGUACGGACCUGUGGAAGGACCUAUCCUGGAAGUGGGCUUGAGGCCCUGUGAGCGAGGAGUCCUUGGGUUCCGGUCAGGUGGAAAGUCGCCCGUGGAGUAAACAUAGCUAUCUUCAGAAAACAAGUUAAGGAAUGGGAGACAUGGAAGAAAAGACAUUCAUCUUGGGAAGAUCCAAAGCACUCUGAAAUUGUAAAGGAAUGUAACGCCAAGUGCUGAAACCGUCGCCGUCACCACAGUGGGAGAAGUGCCUCAGAUGUAAACGACCGACUGUACUUAGAAGAGCUGCUAGACCACGGAGGCUCCGCGGACACUAACAUGUGCUGAAAGGAAAGCAUUGUCUGUGAAGUUCUAUCUUUAAAAAUGUCUGCUUGUAACACCUUUACUGAACACGUUUGGAAACCUGGUGAAUGCAAGAAUUGCUUUAAACCUAAAAGCUUGCACCAGCUCCCCCCAGACUCUGAGAAGGCGCCCGUCACCCAUGGCAACGUGAAAACAAAUGCCAAUCACAGCAACAACCACCGCAUCAGGAACACCGGAAAUUUCCGGCCUCCUGUGGCUAAAAAACCCACGAUAGCUGUGAAGCCCACGAUGAUGGUGGCAGAUGGGCAAAGUGUGUGUGGGGAGCUUAGCGUCCAAGAACACUGCGAGAACAAGCCUGUCAUCGUAGGAUGGAACCGAAACAGGACUGCCUUGAGUCAGAAGCCACUGAACAAUAACCAGGGCGAUGGCGAAGGAUUUAGCCACGUCCCCAAGCCUUACGGCAGCACCGACAGCACGAAGGUAGCGAACAACAACAACAGCGGGCUGGCCGAAGUGCUCAAGGAGAUCGCGGGCCUGGACGCCGCCCCUCAGACCGGAGGCAGCGAAGCCAACUCCAGGGAGACCUUCCUGGGGAGGAUAAAUGACUGCUACAAACGGUCCCUGGAGAGAAAGCUCCCCCCGAGCUGCAUGCUGGGGGGCACGAGGGAUGCUCAGGGCAAGCACGUGGUUCUGAGCGGGAGCACAGAAGUGAUCAGCAACGACGGGGGCCGGUUCUGUUACCCCGAGUUCUCCAGCGGCGAGGAGAGCGAGGAGGACGUGCUUUUCAGCAACCUGGAGGAGGAGCGCGAGAGCUGGGAUGAGAGCGACGAGGAGCUGUUGGCCAUGGAGAUCCGCAUGCGAGGGCAGCCUCGCUUCGCCAACUUCAGGGCCAACACUCUGUCUCCGGUUCGAUUCUUCGUGGACAAAAAGUGGAAUACAGUCCCCCUGCGCAAUAAGUCCCUGCAGCGGAUCUGUGCUGUCGACUACGACGACAGCUACGACGAGAUCCUGAAUGGCUAUGAGGAGCACUCCGUGGCCUCCUACGGACAGGGGAGUGUCCAGAGCAUGCUGUCCUCUGACUCCACCUCUCCAGACUCCUCUCUCACGGAAGAAUCCCGUUCCGAGACAGCCAGCAGUUUGUCUCAGAAGAUCUGCAAUGGGGGGUUAUCUCCUGGCAACCCAGGAGACCCCGAGGACACGAAGGAAACGGAGCCCAGUCCUGAGAGCCUCCCUGGUAGCAGUCAAGAGAAGGACCCAUCACAAGCUUCCAAAAACGCACCCAAAGCUCCAGAGACGCACAAAGCAGUCCUCGCCCUCCGAUUAGAAGAGAAGGACGGCAAAAUCGCCGUGCAGACGGAGAAGCAGGAAGGCAAAGCCUCCACGGAUGUCGCUGGGCAAGCCGUGACCAUCAACCUCGUCCCCGUAGAAGAGCAAGCGAAGCCCUACCGAGUGGUGAACCUGGAGCAGCCACUGUGUAAGCCGUACACUGUGGUGGACGUGUCAGCAGCCAUGGCCAGCGAGCACCUCGAGGGCCCUGUCGGCAGCGCCAAGACAAAAGGCUCCGUCUCCACUCCAAGCUCUCCCGUGACAUCACCUGCGCCCACCCCAGGACAAAUAAGUGCCCAUUUCCAAAAGUCCAGUGCAAUACGAUACCAGGAAGUGUGGACUUCCAGCACCAGUCCAAGACAAAAGAUACCAAAAGUGGAGUUGAUUCCCGGUGGAACGGGACCCAAUGUGCCUCCCAGGAAAAACUGUCACAAAUCCGCACCUACGUCACCCACAGCUACAAACAUUGCCUCCAGAACCAUCCCUGUCAAGUCACCGAACUUGUCUGAAAUCAAAUUUAAUAGUUACAACAACGCGGGGAUGCCGCCUUUCCCGAUCAUCAUUCACGACGAGCCCACGUACGCUCGGAGUUCCAAAAAUGCUAUCAAAGUGCCCAUUGUCAUCAAUCCGAAUGCAUACGACAAUCUGGCCAUCUACAAAAGUUUUCUGGGGACAAGCGGGGAGCUCUCAGUGAAGGAGAAAACCACGAGCGUCAUCAGCCACACUUACGAGGAAAUAGAAACCGAAAGCCACGCGGGGGCCUCGGCCUCGGAUAAGGCCACUGGCAAACCCGCCGACUGCCCCCAGGCCAAGGUGUCUUCCAACAGCACGGAGCGGAAAAGGGGCUCCGUGGCCCAGAAGGUGCAGGAGUUUAACAGCUGUCUCAGCAGGGGCCAGUCUUCACCGCAGAGGAGCUACAGUUCCAGCCACAGUUCCCCCGCGAAGGCCCAGAGGAGCGCUCGGGAGCCCAUGGCCAAAACGGAGUCCCAGGAGUCCCAGGCGUCGGGCGGCAGCCGGGAGAAAGCCAGCGCGGUGCUCUCUCAGAUAGUGGCUUCCAUCCAGCCGCCACCGUCCCCUCCGGAGGUCCCGCCGUCCAGCCCCAAGGCGUGCAGUGCCGAUGAGAGCGCCCCGAAGAGCACACCCAUCCGGCCCCAAUCCCUCUUCACCACGCAGCCCAGUGGGGAGGCCGAGGCACCUCAGACCACCGAAAGUCCCACCAGCAAAGGACCGAAAGAUCCCCUCCCAAAGCCUGUCACCUCUCCUCCCUCCAAAUUAGUGGGCAGCCCCCAGGGCGAGCCCCCGCCCCCCUUCCCCCCGCCCCGCUCCACUUCCUCCCCUUACCACGCAGGUAACCUUCUGCAGAGGCAUUUCACCAACUGGGCCAAGCCGACCAGCCCCGUGCGGUCCACAGAGGCUGAGUCCGUGCUGCCCUCGGAAGGCAGCCGGCGGGCAGCUGAUGCGAAGCCCAAGCGCUGGAUAUCCUUCAAAAGCUUCUUCCGCCGCCGGAAAACAGACGAGGACGACGACAAAGAGAAAGAGCGGGAGAAAGGGAAGCUGGUGGGCCUGGACGGCACGGUCAUCCACAUGCUGCCGCCCCCUCCGGUGCAGCGCCAUCACUGGUUCACAGAGGCUAAGGGAGAGUCGAGCGAGAAGCCAGCGCUUGUCUUCAUGUACAGGUGUGACCCUGCGCAAGGCCAGCUCAGCGUGGACCAGAGCAAGGCAGGGGCAGACCAGGCCGCGGCUUCAGAGAAGGGCAGAGCGGAGGACGCGCUGUCGCCGGACUCGGAGAAGAAGAAAAGGAGUCACCCUUCCCCGUCACAGGCCCCUCAGAAACGUCUCAGUCACGUGACCCAUGAAGCGACAGAGGACUUUUCUCCUCGGGAUCCAAGAACAGUUGUUGUGAAGCAAGGUGGCGGGGAUGGCACUUCCAUGGCCCCAGCAUUGCCCCUACCUGCACUGGAAAAGGAAGAGGAGAAGGAAGACACUUCUGAUCCCCUGGACCUGAGCCCCUGUAGUGCAACAUACAGCAAUUUAGGGCAGUCCAGAGCAGCCAUGAUACCUCCCAAGCACCCCCGGCAGCCCAAGGGAGCUCUGGAUGAUGCCAUCGCCUUUGGGGGAAAAACAGACCAAGAAACCCCAAAUGUUUCCCACCCGACACCACCCCCACUGCCAAAGAAGAUGAUCAUCAGAGCCAAUACAGAGCCAAUCUCCAGAGAACUCCAGAAAUCCAUGGAGAGCAGCCUUUGUGUCAUGGCUAACCCCACCUAUGAUAUCGACCCCAACUGGGAUGCCAGCAGUGCUGGCUCUUCCGUCAGCUACGAACUCAAGGGACUGGACAUCGAGUCUUGUGACUCCUUGGAGAGACCCUUGCACAGGGAGAGACCCGUCCCCUCGGCCGCAAACAGCAUCUCCAGCUUGACCGCUCUCAGUGUUAAGGACCGGUUUUCCAACAGCACGGAGUCCCUGUCCAGCCGACGGGGUCCCUCCUCUAGACAGGGCCGAGGCAUCCAGAAACCACAGAGACAAGCACUUUAUCGAGGACUGGAGAAUCGGGAGGAAGUGGUGGGCAAAAUCCGCAGCCUUCACACAGACGCCUUGAAGAAGCUGGCCGCUCAGUGUGAAGACCUCUUCAUGGCUGGGCAGAAAGACCAGCUCCGUUUUGGGGUGGACAGCUGGUCAGACUUCCGGCUAACCAGCGACAAGCCGUGCUGCGAGGCAGGCGACGCCGUUUACUACACCGCCUCCUAUGCAAAGGAUCCGCUGAGUAACUACGCGGUCAAGAUCUGUAAGAGCAAGGCUAAAGAGUCUCAGCAGUAUUAUCACAGCUUGGCCGUCCGGCAGAGCCUGGCCGUCCAUUUUAACAUCCAGCAGGACUGUGGCCACUUCCUGGCCGAGGUCCCCAACCGGCUACUUCCCUGGGAGGACCCCGAUGCCCCUGGAAAGGAAGAUGAUGAAGUGGAAGAGAAUGGAGCAGGGGCGGAAGUGGGGGCCGGCGGCACACCCCCAGAGCCGUGCUCCGAAACAGAGGCGUCCCGGAAGGAGAGCCAGGGCGGCACGGGCCGGCGGCAGAGAAGCCACGUCGUGGUCAUCACCCGGGAGGUCCCCCACCUCACCGUGGCCGACUUCGUGCGGGACUCUCUGGCCCACCACGGGAAAAGCCCGGAUGUGUACGAGAGGCAGGUAUGCCUGCUGCUCUUACAGCUCUGCUCUGGCCUCGAGCACCUCAAGCCCUACCACGUCACUCACUGCGACCUUCGGCUCGAGAACCUGCUGCUUGUCCACUACCAGCCCGGGGGCGCGACCCAGGGCCCGGGGCCCUCGGAGCCCAGCCCCACCUCGUCUUGUCCCACACGCCUCCUCGUGAGCAACUUCUCGCAGGCCAAGCAGAAGAGCCACCUGGUGGACCCCGACAUCCUCCGGGACCAGUCGCGCCUGGCCCCGGAGAUCAUCACGGCCACCCAGUACAAGAAGUGCGACGAGUUCCAGACCGGCAUCCUCAUCUACGAGAUGCUGCACCUGCCCAACCCCUUCGACGAGCACCCUGAGCUGAAGGAGAAGGAGUACACGCGGGCGGACCUGCCGCGCAUCCCGCUGCGCUCCCACUACUCGCGGGGCCUGCAGCAGCUGGCCAGCUGCCUCCUGAACCCCAACCCUUCCGAGCGGAUCCUCAUCUCCGACGCCAGAGGCAUCCUGCAGUGCCUGCUCUGGGGCCCCCGGGAGGACCUCUUCCAGACGUUCAGCGCCUCCCCUAGCCUGGCGCAGAGGAGCGCGCUGCUCCAGAACUGGCUGGACAUCAAGCGGACGCUGCUCAUGAUCAAGUUCGCCGAGAAGUCGCUGGACAGGGAGGCCGGCGUGAGCCUCGAGGACUGGCUCUGUGCGCAGUACCUGGCCUUCGCCACCACGGACUCCCUCGGCUGCAUCGUGAAGAUCCUGCAACACCGUUAAUACCACCCAGAUGCUGCUUUUUCUACCUUUUCACCUUCUUCAUGUUGCCGACACACCUCCCCCUCCCUCAUACUCACAGAAUGACAGACAGACAGACGGACGGACGGACAACCCUCCCGUCUCCGUCCCCGAACAAACGAGUCCGUGCCGAGUGAAAGCUGGGUCAGCUGCCCGGACGUGCACCUGCCUGCCCCUAGGGCCUGCUCCACCCUCGUGCCCCCUGCCCCGCCGGGACGCGGGCAGGAGGUGACGCGCGCGUUCCUUGGCAUGAACUCAGCAGGCUGCAUCCAGUUCCUCCUGGAGUGUGAAGAGCGCGUCCCUUGUCAGCACCAAGUAUUUAUUCCCGCUGGCGAGAGACAUCCCGUAGGAGUGACAGCAGACUGCCCCCCCCCCCCAGUGUCCCUGUCUGCGACCCUGGGACCAGGCAGAGCGUCAGCCCCUGGUUCCCUGUGCCCUUCCCGUAGCCUCUGAUUAGCAGGUGGCAGAGGGACCAGGCGAGAGUCCCACCCUCGGGUCGCCUCUGGCGUCCGGAAGUGUGUGUCUUGCACACAGAGGCCGGCCCUGGGAGCCCCCUGCCAGGCCUCCUUCCCCAGGUCUGUCCGCCUGUGAUGGGGAAGUGUGUGUUGCUCAGGCACCUGUGGCCUGGCACAGCCGGCCCGGCGCCUCCGCGGGGUGGGGUGCGAUUCAAGGCCCCGAAACAGCUGGCGGGACAUGAGGAGGUUUGUGGUCACGGGCGCCGUUCUUCAGGGGCCCGUGGGGAACAGAGCCCAAAGUGCCGUUCCUUGCUGGCUGUCAGAGCUGGCAGCCUUGGCAGCCGGGGCUGCUGGGGCCCAGACCAGGGCUUCGCCUGCCCCAAGCAGUCAUUGGCCAGCUUCCUGCUGUCCGUUGCCAGUGUUAACUGGUCUACCUAGGGCUGUAGGGAACAGUGCCGAAUGAAAUGGCCAAGCGCUGAGAUCCCCCCUGGAGGGCAGGCAGCCGGGCUGGGGGGUGACCGGGCGGCGGGGAGCAGGCUGCUGCUGAGGCCGCUGCUUCUGACCCCGCGGUGGCUGUGGAGGGCGGCGGGGGGCGGGCCGAGCCCUGCCUGCGGACCCAUGUGCAAUCUGAGUGUGGCCUUGGGCAGCUGCACGUGACUGGUUUAGUCGCAACUUCACCCGAAGCGAGAGCUACGGAAACCCACUCCUGCGCCCCUUGGCACAUAUUAGCGCUGAGACAAGUGUCCCUUCUACCCGGGUGUGUGUGUGUGUGCGUGUGUGCGUGUGUACACACACUGCUGUGCUUGUUGUAUUCAAAACUGUGACUAUCUGUUUACUUUAGCCUCGAAAUCCCAAGAGUCGCUCGAGCACGGCGGGUGUGUUCGCGUGUGUGCGCACACGCUUGCACGCGUGCCGGGAGCAGGGGCCAGGCCUCCGGGGCAGCAACCUGUGGCGGGCUUCACAGACUCUGCACCCAGCGGCGGGCAAGCCCUGGCGCCCUGGUCCGCCCGUGCAGGGUUUCCUGCAAGCCGAGGGGGACUGCGCUGUCUUCCGGCCUCGGAAGCUCUGAAACCAGAGCGUUUUUAAUGGCCUUUCCUGCGAUUGCCCUGCGUCAGAGAGCAUCCAGGGAAGGAGAAUGUAUUUCCCUGAGCUCUUCUGUCUGUCGGGGAAGUGGCUGUGUGAGGCCCCCCUGUGGAGCACGUCCUGGCCUGGCCAGCAGUGGGGACUCCCAGCCAAGAGGGCUGGUCGGCCCGCAGUCUUGCCUCCUGUCGCCCCCGGGGAUGGCUGCAGAGCUGGCACGGCGCUGUGCCCCUGGCGUGGCUGUGGCAUGGCUGUGCCGUGGCUGGCAGGCUGGGGCGGGGUUCGCUGUGGCACAGCCCGUGUGCACUGCUCUCCCUGCCUGGUCACGUAGUAAAGCGGCCGCUCUCCCUGUCACUCUCGCGGUGCCUUGGCCACGUAAAUUUGAAUGUGGUGACGUAUUUAAUGCAGAACGUGCCCUGGUCCCUCCGUUUGUUAUGUUUCUAGGUAUGUCUCUGUUUUUCUUUUUUAUCUGUUAAGACUCGUAUCCAGUCUUCAUUUUAACCCUGCAGUAGAAGCAGCACGGACCCCUCCCCACCUUAUCUUAGCGCACUGUCCACCGAGCACCUCCGCUCGCCACAGCCACAGCCACAGCCACAGCCGGCUAGCACUGCUUUUGUAUGCACGCUUGGUAGGGGCGAAAGACGAGUGCCAGCCGGUCAGAGAGGGGCCUCGCGCGGGUUUUUCUCUGGGUGGUGGGCGCAGAACGACCGUGGGGAGCGACCGAGGGUGCCGCGCGGCCAGGAGCGCCAGGGACGGUCCUCAGACUGCUUCCCCAGGGGGUGAGGCUCAGCCACACACAGCACAGGUGGUUCCCUCUCCAUUUACGCUGCCGUGGGGACUUUGAAUUCAUUCUUCCUGCUUUCCCCGCUGUCCACCACACGCGUCCCAGAAACACGUUCGUGUGAGUUCUGGACUGUGACUAGCAUAGCACUUGCAGUUUCCUUGAGUAACACCAAGUUACUGUCUUCCAUAGCGAUUGGCAUUGUUUUCUCUGCUGCCAGUCUGUCCUGUAGAUCCUUGGGUCUAUCGUGAGAGUCUGAGCAGUGAGGCCCACACUGGCACUUUCCUUAGCCCCCUGGGCCUGGGCAGCCUUGGCCACACUCAGGUGCUUCACAGGUGGCCAGCGGCCUGAGUUGCCCAGAGCCAGCCCUUAACGGGCGGCGCCCGGCCCUGUGGGCAGGGAGACACGGGGCCAUGAGCAGCUCCUGACACCGUGCUGGGGAGGCUCUCGGGUCUCCAGGCACCCAUGGGAGGCCCGGGGCUGAUCUGAGAGGGUCGCAGUAACCUGUGGGACCUCAGCACCAGAGCCCAGGAUGAGCCCCGCCGGCUCCAGGGCCAGGUCUGAACUAGAGGCCAGCACGGUGGCAGUGAGAUCCAAGAGUGCCCUCAGAAAGUGAGCUGGACGAGGUAGAGGGCAGCCCGGGCACCCGGCGGCCCCACCUGCUCAUGGCCGAGGGCUGAACGCCAUCAGAUUAGGGGACCGGUGUUCCUGCCAAACUCCGAGUCGGUUCGUGACCACGGAGGGCCACAGCCAAGGCACCCGAGGCUUUAGGAAUUCACGACACUUCUGGGAGUCAAACUAAAGCUGUCCUGUGCAGUUCCCAGGUGACACCCCUGGGACGCACUGCGUGGCACCGGGCAGCUUCCCACAUUUAUUAGGUCCUUCUCACUCUGGUCUCCGGAGUACCCCAACCUUUGGUUGUUCCCUGUCCCACUAGCAGGGGGCCGUGGAGAUGCGGGCCAGACCUAGCCCUCCUGUUUCUCACGGCUCCAGCUGUGUCGACAAAGAGAGAAGCUGUCCGGAGGGCCGCACGGCCCCUCUUCCACUCCCCUCGCUGGCUGCGGAGGGUUGGACGUUCCGGUCCAGCCUGAUGAGCCACAGCACGGCUGCCCACGAGGCUGAAAUGUUACUUUUACCUCACUGAAGCUGCUUCCCCAAGGCCUGCAGUGCUGUGCGAGGCCAGACCGAGGGGCCGCUCCGGCUGAUGUGUGCGCCCAAGUCCAGCUGCCCGUACCUGCUGAGCUCUGGGAGUGGGCUCCGUGGGCCAGAACCGGGGUCCCCAGGGAGGUCCGAGGAGCUGCAGUGCAAGCCGCUAGGUAGAGAUUAUACCAAAGACACAGCCUCUGUCCUGGUGCUUCGGCAGCGAUGAGCUGUGCCGGGACCAAGCCCACGGGCAGGGAGCUUGCACACGGACCGUGGCAGGGUGUUCAAACCCUCAAAACACCUGCUUUCUUUUUAAGAAGUCCGUUUUUAAGAAGCCCAUGCAGUAAAUUGAGAGAAAAAAGUAGAAGAUGAUGAUGAAGCCCUGAGCGGACAGAGUCCUCCGGGACUGGGGAGAAGAGACCAGCCCCCUCCUGCUACCCCGGCCACGGCCACGGCCACUCCUCAGCUGGGGAGCACCAGACCCCGGUGACAGCGAGAGCUGAAGGGUUUUCCUUGGUUUUUCUUUUUUUAAACAAGAGCUCAUGGUAGUUUCAAUAAGUUUGUUUAAACGGCCCUUGGGACAUUCUUAACAAACCGCACCGUGUUUAUAAAGCAAAGGCCUUCCCCAGCCGUCUCGCCAUCCUCUCCGUGCCCAGAACGCACAGGUGCUAUACAGGGCCCAGCGCCCCACCCCCGCAGCUGGCAGAGAUCAGAACGGGCUGCUACAGCAGCUUCCCGGCCGGGGUGGGCACCCGGGGCCCGCGCCUGGGACGCCCCACCUAGAGGGUCUCCCCCCUCCCCCACCACGUUCCAGCUUCUCACCUUGGACCCAUCCCACCCACCCCCUUGUGGGCUUUUUUUUUUUUUUUUUUUUUAAUUUUUUCCCUAAUCAAGAAAGUUUCAGGGAAUCAAAAGAGGUCGGGAAUUUUUUAACCUAGCAGAAGUACAGAGUUAUAUAUUUUGCUACGAAUAUUAUUGUAGUCCAGAGAACCCACUCUGCCUGUUGGGGUGUGCGUGUGCGUGCGUGUGUGUGUGUGUCUGUGUGUCUGCACCCACGAUGACUUGAAUGUUGAGCCAGCCCGAUGGCUUCAGGGUAGCAUUUCGGAAAGGUUAAACCACACUGCUCCAGGAAACUUGCUCCACACAGUCCCUGGGCAUCCCUUCCCCCACCAGUUCCAGAGAGUGCUGUACUGGGGACACAGAGGCGAGGGCUGGUCUGCGGGCGGAGACCAAGUGGCCGUCCCGGCGACGGGAGUCGUGACAGCCCUCCUUCCAGUCCCUCCGCAUCCCCGCUUCCCAGGGCCUCACCUCUCUACCUGCCCCCUCACCCCCGAGAGUCCCCUUGGUCACCGGGGCGCCGCCCUCUGGUUUGCUGUGGUACUUUGCUGUGUACUCCGUGGCAUCAUGUAACUGUGUAAAUAAACUCAUUUUCAUACACACGACAAGCCGGCUCCUGGCUGG